AACCUACCCAGUGGCAUCUCUCAAAUUCCACCGCUGGAUAGACGUAAGAUAGAUCUCCCUCGGCAAGUCGCCAUGGACUCCCGCUCCCGCAUCGACGCUGCGGAAGAAGCGCGCCGCCGGCAGGUGAUGGACAGCCUCGGCGUGUACGACGCCGAGUGGGCGCUGUCCAAGGUGUUGGAGCAGUCUGACGUCCAGGCCGGGCAGAACCGGCUUCUCCUGACCAAGGAGGCGGUGCAUGCUGGCCCCAUCCCGAAGCUCUUCCCGGAGCUGGACGAGCUCCGCGACGACGGCAUGAACGCCGAGAACAAAGUCUCGGUCAAGGUCCUCGACGCCGAGGGCCGCGAGAAGAACGUGAGCCUCCGCUUCCUCAACUCGAACAAGGCGUACAGGAUCAUGGGGCCUGACUGGAGGCGGCUGGUAGAGGAGAGCCGCAUGCGCAAGGGAGACCGCCUCGAUAUCUACACUUGCAGGCGCGGCGAUGGCGAAAGGUGCCUCUUCGUGUUCAUGAUCAGGGCAGUGGUGCCGGAGAUACCUGCCGGAGCAACAGUCUUGUGUUGAGACGGACGGGUUCUGCGGCGGGUCACGCCGUCGUCAAUGGCAGUCAAAAUGAUCCAAGAUCACGCUUAUGAUCGUUCGAGGUAUAUGCCGUUGAUUGGUGAGAUUAAAUCGUUGGUUUCUGAGGAUAGGGAGAUCGCUAUCAGGCGUACACAGAAUACAACUAGCCUUUUUUUCUUUUUUCUUUUUGAGAGAGAGAGGCAGAACAGGAAUAGGACUGCCAUGCCAAUAAAAUCCUCCUUUGUCAAAAAAAUGCAGAUAGGUAGCUGGCUGCUUCGUUCUUUUUUUCUUUUGUCUUUUUACCCAAAAAUAGAGCCUUUGGUGGAGAUUUACAAUGCAUAAUUUGGUUGAGUUUUGAAAAUGGUCUUGUCAAGUAUCUACUGCCCAUUGCAUCCAUUGAGAUCAUCUUCGACAGGCACCCAAAAACUGCUAUGCACGUUAAAAUAUUUGUUUUUGAAACACCGAAGACAGAAAACAA